AUGGCCCGUGUCAUCGUCUCGGGUACCCUCGGCUCUAUCUUCAUGGGCAUGAGCGGCGCCUCCAUCGGUGCCGUGAUCUUCGACACCGCCACAAUUCCCUUUGUGGUGUCGGCGUGUGCGGGCUUCAUGCUCGGUGCCGUGGGAUUCUACCGUGACGCGGUGCGAAAGUCUCAGCGGGCACUGGACCGGUUUCCGCAGUUGCUCCAGCUCCAUCUAGACUCCAACUUCCCGCACCGUGGCUUUGACACCUGGGAGGCGGAGCGGUUUCGGAGUGGCGUGUUUGGGAGAAGCUGGGUGUUGCAGAGCAUGGCCGUCGCGAGCUGGUUGACGGCGACCCGCGCCAUUGAGCGAAUCUACGAAGCUGAGGAAGAACGGAUCCUCCUUCCUUUGACCGGGGCGGCGCAGGAUGUGGAUGACUCUGGAAACUAA